AUGUCCGCUAAGCAACCGUUGCCGCCAUUCAACCCGUCACGGUUGAAGACCCUGUUAAAGAUGGCAAUCCUGCGAGCUCAAUUUGUUCAAGAGAAGAAGCUGGCACUUGCCAAGCAACAACGCCGGCAGUUGGCAGAUUUGUUGAACCAGGGCAAGGAACAGAGUGCCACCAUCCGCGUGGAAAACAUCAUUCGAGAGGACAUAUACAUCGAGCUUUUGGAGUACAUUGAGUUAUAUUGCGAAUUGUUGUUGGCACGAAUUUCCUUAAUUGUGGAUCCCGAAUUGACCGAAUGUGAUUCGAACAUCAAGGAAGCAGUGGCGCUGGUGAUUUACCUGGCUUCUCAUUCAGAACUCAAGGAAGUCACUCAGAUACGAGAUCAGUUAAUUGCUAAGUACGGUGUUGACUUUGGCAAACAUGCUCUAGAUAAUGUUGACAACAUCGUACCUGAGAAAGUCGUCAAUCGUUGCAACGUUCCUGUACCCAAAGAGGAAUUGGUGACAUUGUACCUUUGCGAGAUUGCUAGGGCUUACAAUGCCCCUUAUUCAAAUCUCCCCAAGGAGGAAUCUGUGGAUGCUAGCGAUAACGGUGCCGAUGAAGAUGGAGACAAUGGUGGGUCAAAUGAGAUCCCAAUUGCUGCUACUGAGGGUCUGGUUCCUCAGCCGUCUAACGAUUUUGAUGCUUUGAAAGCCAGAUUCGCUGCCCUUAAAAGAACUUGA